AUGGUUUCCGCUCCCAAUGGCACCGCCUCCAGAGGCAAAGGCACCUUCCUCUUCACCUCCGAAUCGGUUGGUGAAGGCCAUCCGGAUAAGAUGGCCGAUCAGGUCUCUGACGCUGUCCUCGACGCUUGCCUGAAAGACGAUCCGUUCUCGAAAGUGGCGUGCGAGAGCGCCUUGAAGACGGGAAUGGUCAUGGUCUUCGGCGAGAUCACCACCAAAUCGAGCCUCGACUACCAGAAGAUCAUCCGGUCCGCGAUCAAGGAUAUCGGGUACGACGACAGCGCCAAGGGCUUCGACUACAAGACCUGCAACGUCCUCGUCGCGAUCGAGCAGCAGUCGCCCGAUAUCGCCCAGGGCCUUCAUUAUGAGGAGGAGCUGGAGAAGCUUGGUGCCGGUGACCAGGGCAUAAUGUUCGGUUACGCCACAGACGAGACUCCAGAGCUGCUACCGCUCACCAUUCAGUUGGCGCACAAGCUCAACUUCGCGAUGAAAGAAGCCCGGAACAACGGAAGCCUGCCCUGGCUGCGACCGGACACCAAGACUCAGGUCACUGUGGAGUACGAGCAUGAUGGAGGAGCCGUUGUGCCGAAGCGGGUCGACACUGUCGUUGUCAGCGCUCAGCACAGUGAGGAUAUCACCACCGAGGAGCUACGGAAGCAGAUCAAGAGCGAGAUUAUCCAGAAGGUCAUUCCCGCUAAGUACCUAGAUGACCGGACGGUGUACCACAUCCAACCGUCAGGCCUCUUCGUAAUCGGCGGCCCCCAGGGCGACGCCGGACUCACCGGCCGCAAGAUCAUCGUCGACACCUACGGCGGCUGGGGCGCUCACGGUGGUGGUGCUUUCUCCGGCAAGGACUACUCCAAGGUCGACCGCUCCGCCGCCUACCUCGCCCGCUGGAUCGCCAAGUCUCUCGUCACAGCCAAGCUGGCGCGCCGCUGCCUCGUCCAGCUCUCCUACGCCAUCGGUGUCGCCGAGCCCCUAUCCAUCUUUGUCGAGACCUACGGUACCAGCGAAAUGGAUUCUGAUGAGCUGGUGGACAUCAUCCGCAAGAACUUUGACAUGCGGCCUGGUGUCAUUGUCAAGGAGCUCGAUCUCGCUAAGCCACGCUACCUCGCGACGGCGAAGAACGGCCACUUCACGGACCAGAACUUCCCGUGGGAGAAGCCGAAGAAGCUAGAGUUUUAA